AUGUAUAAUGGUUGGCAACGUGGCAAAGCUCCCUCAAAUGAAUGGAUUGAUGGAACCAAUGAAUUCUUGAAUAGUGCAUUUUCAAUUCCUGGUGUAGCUGAAAAUGAUACUAUUAAGUGUCCUUGUGCACAAUGUCGGAACUACUUUAGCCAUAUAAGAUACACUAUAGAGAUGCAUUUGUGUAGGCAUGGUUUUAAGGAAGACUAUGAAGCUUGGACUGAGCAUGGUGAGGGGCUGAUUUCACAUGAUGGAUAUGAUGGUGUGGGAAAUAGAGAGGGCACUGAUGAAGCUGAUCAGAUGGAUCAAAUGUUGGUUGAGCUUGCUGGGCACCAUCCACCUAUACUGGAUGCUGAACCAUCAGCAUAUGCCAAAGCUUUCUAUAGGAUGGUUGCUAGUGCAGAUGAGUUGGUGCAUGAUAGAACCACACACUCACGCUUGUCUGCUGUAGCUCGCUUGUUUGCUGUGAAGUCACGGUACAACAUGUCCGUCGCAGAAUAUGAUGAUAUAGUAGGCAUAGUACAUGAACUCCUUCCUCCUGACUCCAAGUUACCUAAUGACUUUUACCAAUCUAGGAAAUUAUUAGAGGGUCUUGGUAUGAAAUAUAUCAAAAUUGAUGUUUGUUAUAACAAUUGCAUGCUAUUCUACAAAGAUAACAAGGACAAAGAUAAAUGUCAUUUUUGUGGUGCUAAUCGGUGUAUCCAAAAAUUUAGGAAAAAAGUAAGAAAUAAGGCUCGUGUUGAGGCUGGCAUUGUUGAGGCAUUUCUUGUUGAAGAGGCUGCAAAUACACUAAGUCUAUAUUUUAGACCCCAUGCUCCAUCUGUUAGAAAUAAGGUGCCUCGCUAUGAUGAUUGUGCAUCUUCAUUUCAAGACAAUACUCUAGAGUAUUAUGGAAUCAUAGAAGAUAUAAUUAAAAUUGAGUGGGAAGGCAGCAUGAAACUAGAGUUGGUGCUGUUUUAUUGCUCCUGGUUUGAUCCAACACCCAAUGGAUUGAGGCGUAUUGAAGAUCUAGGCUUGGUAGAGAUCAAUCAUACAUUAAGAUUAUCAAAUUUUGACCCAUUUGUGAUGGCUAGUCAGGUUACUCAAGUGUACUAUUUGUCAUACCCGUGUAAGAACAGAGAGUUGUCUUCAUGGUGGGUUGUCUACCAUGUUGCUCCACAUGGAUGUGUGCCUAUGAAUGAAAGCAGUAGUGAAGCUAUGAAUAUGGAAGGGGUAGUGCAGGAUGUCUACCAAGCGGAUGGUUUGGAUGGCGCCUUUGUCAUUGAUUUGAGUGAUGCCUUGGACUCCAUAAUUGCAAUGGGAUCAGAUGAGGUUACUGACCCAAAAGACUUGGAAGCAAUACAGAAACAAGUUGUUCUGGAUGAGGAAUAUGAUGAAGAAGCUAUUGAAGAAGAGAAAGAGACGGAAGAGGAUGAUGAAGCAAUGGAUGAAGAAGAUGAAGAAACUUAUGAUCCAAAUGAUUUUUGA